AAAUCAUGUUUAUCUUUUGCAAAUGUUUGGCAAAGUUGUUUUUUUAUAUGAAGUUUUGCACGCGUUUGCAAGUGUUGCAUUCGUUAUGUAACGUUAGUGUCGUUCAUGAAUGAAAGUUAACGUUACGCAUGUAGAUGCGUCUGUUGUUAUCGAAGCAUUGACUGAAGUAUGUCAAUGUAAUUUACAAUGCGUCUGAAUGCUCGAGUGAGUGUGGAUUCUGCUUAUUUAACUUCUUUGAGUGUGUAUGGAUUCUGUUGUUGUGCUCGUGGGGUGUAGAUGGAUGUAGUCCGAGCACGGCGGAUCUGUGCACGAUGUACCUCUUGACUCUUUGUUUUUGCAUCUGCACUAACAGCGAUGUUUUGAUCGUAACAAAAACAUCAAAACGCAGAUUAUUUCGGGUUCAGUAAUCGGAAUAAAAUAUUUUGCACAUGAACUGCGUGUGUUUGUUUUCACACGUGAAGUUUAGAGUGUACCGUUCUUGUGUUUGAAGAAUACGCGCCUGUUUUUUUUUGUUUUGUUACCCGCGAACCUCUAAACCUUCGCGCCAAAUUGAGAACAUGUCAACACACGUGCGCGCGCAAAGUAGGUGUGUGUUAUGUGCUGCACAUGCGAUGGGGUGACGUUAGAUCCGGUCCGCCCUUACUUUUGUGUUCUCUACCUUUUGCCUCCAUUUGAUUAUUGCAAGGGCUUCAUGUGUUUCUUUAGUUCCCCUGUUCUUGUGCUUUUUUCUUUCAGACAUACUCUGACCCGGUAGUCUUCUGCGCCAAUGGCUGCUUUAAAUGAUAUUCAGGUGAAGGAGCUGGACAAGCGGGCCUCAGGUCAAGCUUUUGAGGUCAUCCUUUCCAGUCCAGUCCCAGAUGCCAAGAUCGAGUUCCCUCUUUCUCCUCUAAAGAAGAAGGAUCUUUCCCUGGAGGAGAUCAGGAGGAAACUAGAGGCUGCAGAGGAGAGACGCAAGUCUCAUGAAGCGGAGGUUCUGAAGCACUUGGCUGAGAAGCGUGAGCACGAGAAGGAGGUGCUUCAGAAAGCUCUGGAAGAAAACAACAACUUCAGCAAGAUGGCGGAGGAGAAACUGCACCAGAAAAUGGAGGCCAACAAGGAGAACCGCUCGGCAAGAAUGGCAGCAAUGAAUGAGAAGUUCAAAGAGAAGGACAAGAAGCUGGAAGAGGUUCGAAAAAACAGGGAAACCAAGGAGGUUAACACUGACGCUGACAACUGAAAGUUACGAUGACCAGGGGUUCACGUGGGGUUUUUUAUAUAUGCAAAGAUGUUUUUUUUCUAUUGUUGGCCAGUUAUUUCAUCCUCCCUCACCCCUUUAUUAGAUUGCUCAUGACUUUGCAAAAGGGAUGGUCUAUCAUCCUGUGCAGCUGUAUCUGUUAUUAACGUGUUCAUAGUCUGUUAGGGAAUCAUAUGUAUGAUGCAAGUCUGCGUUUGUUGAGCUCUUGCUUUUCUGCUGUAAGCACUUGACUGGUGUAGAAUCAGUCAAAAUACUGGCUUUACAUGAAAGCAAUGCACUUGUCAAUAAAGACAAAUUUGUUGUACUAAAAUAAAACUGUUAAAACUCUUAAAAGUUUUUUGUGGACUAAACAUGUUAAAGGAAUCCUAAUUUCAAGCCAUUGGACGUUUUAUAUAUAUAUAUAUAUAUAUAUCUAAAUUAAUCAUUUUAGAAAAAUACAUUGACUUAAUGGAAAACACCUGAUAAAAUCAAAGCAAAUAGCAGACCUUGUCAGAAGGACAUACUAUGGAUUGUGUCUCCCCCUAGUGUACAGGUUUAUUUUAAGUUUUUAAUGUGCAGGAAAAACCUUGGGGAGAGUGCUUUACAGACUGGGUCAUUAACAGAAUCAAGCAGGUCUGUGAAUAACUGAAUACAUAAUUAUUAGUCCUUUGUUUUAUGUAAAGUCUCUUUCUUGACAUUUUGCUUGUAAAGGCAGUUUUACAUAACUUUGUGCUUUAGAAGCUGUUCACAUAAGCGAGUCCUGCUUGUGGAACGAGGAACAAAAGCUAGUUUAAAUUCAUGAAAUAAAACACGUUUU